GAUCCCGCAUGAUUAUACGGUCUGUCGUUUCUCGUCCUCGGAUAUACGAUGUCGUUUUGUUUGAUAAUCUCUAGGUGAUCACGGUCGUGCGCUCUUCCUCUUCGUCUACAACCCAACUGCUCCAACCGAAAAUUUUCAUUUGCUCCAUGGAAGCUCCGGCGAGAAUUCUCAGUCUCAAUCGCCAGCUCUUUGCCAGAACGACGCCGUCCACCUUCGCUUUCUCCCCAAAACUCCGUCGGCCCGCAAAUUCGUCGCUUAUAUUUCACACUCUCGCUCCAAACGGCGUCGGCAAAAGAACCCCCUUUUCUCUUUCGCUCGCGCAGUCGCACUCCUCGUUCUGCUUCAAUCCGAACCCCUUCAAAUCCCUCCCCCUUUCUCUCUCCUCCCAGUCGCCGUUCAGCAGCUUCAACCACUCUCUCUCACCCUCAAACGACGACGUUUCCACCUCGGAUCGGGCGUUCCACGGUGACAUUGACGGAAAUGUGGGUUCUUUCGGGACCCACAGCCGUGAAGUGAGAGUGGUGUUGCUCGGCUGGCUCGGCGCCAAGACGAAGCAUCUGAAGAGGUACGUGGAAUGGUACAACUCCAGAGGCAUUCACGCGGUGACCUUCGUCGUUGCUCCGAGAGAGGUGCUCUGGUUUGAUUUGGGCCGCCGGGUCGAAAAUCGGGUUUCAGACUUGGCCUGGGAGCUGGCUUCGUGGGUGGAGGAUGGCGGAGAAAGGUCUUUGCUUUUUCACACUUUCAGCAAUACGGGUUGGUUUGUGUAUGGUGCCAUUCUUGAAAUUCUGCAGAGGAGGCAAGACCUGAGGGAGAAGAUUAAAGGGUGUGUGGUUGAUUCAGGAGCAGCUGAACCUUUUAAUCCUAAGGUGUGGGCAUCGGGAUUUUCUGCUGCGAUUUUGAAAAAACGCAGCUCUUUAACAAGCGCUGCAAUUGAGGCUGGAGAAUUAAAUGAGUCGGAAGAUGCAGCAAGCUUGUCAAAGCUGCAAGAAGAGAAGCCUCCACUAGUUGAAGCCGUGGUUUUACUGAUAUUAGGGAAGCUGUUUUCAGUUCUUCUAAAGUUUCCUGAUGUGGAUAAGAGGUUAACGAAGGUAGUUUCUAUUCUUUCGGAAAACAGUCCUGAUUGCCCACAGCUUUACCUAUACAGUACUGCUGAUAAAGUCGUUCCACACCAGUCAAUUGAGGCGUUCAUGGCUGAGCAAAAGAGGAAGGGUAGAAUUGUACGGUCCUUCAAUUUCGGCACAACACCUCAUGUGGAUCACUUCAGGAAUUUCCCCGACAUAUACUCUUCAGAGCUCGACAGGUUUCUUGAAAGAUUGUUUAACUACAGUCAAGACGAUGUAAACUCUGCAAAUGCAGAUUGUGUAAACCUGCAAAUGCAGAUUGUUGUGUAGAAGUCAUUCUAUUUAAACAUCGGCUGGUGUGUUGUCUAUAGGAACACGUCCGAGGUUAUAAAGGUAUGUGUUCAGUUCUAAUGGAGCAAAUGCCAAUAAUUUUGCAGUCUAUUAGUUCACAGCAAAGAUCUGCUAGGCUGGAAGGACAGUCUAACAUACUGUGUUUAGCUACCGAUGGGAAAUAGAGAGCUUGUUUAAAGAACUCAAAUGUCCUUAUUGGAAUGAAAGAUAUCUAAUGCUUCUUUUGAA